CGCACACAUGGUGAUGUUUACAAAUUUCGGAAGCGAACAUGUCGGUGAUUGAAACAUUUAAUUGACAGAAAUAAGUGAAACUAUUAAACUAAUUAUUCAAUUUUUUGAUAUUUAAUUUAGGAACGAAGAUGAAGCAAAAAUCAAACAAUAAGUUGGCUUUUCGCCUGGGGCAACUUCAAAAUUUUAUAAAGCGAGAUUCGUCAUCUUAUUAUGAUGAGUUUUAUAUGCAGUUUACACAUUUCCAAUCCCUUCUGCAAGCUUUUAAACUGAAGCCACAAGAAUAUGAUGAAGAUUUAGCAGAUCUUACUAUGUUCUUAGCUCAGGUGUCAUCACAUUUUAAAGAAGAUCUUGAAAAUCUUCCAAGUCAGCUUAUGGAUCUCUUGCGUGAAUAUUCUACUGUUUUAGAGCCUAGUAUGAGAAUGUCUUUGUGCAAAGCUCUGAUUCUAAUGAGGAAUAGAGGCAUUUUAGCUCCUGUUGAUUUGAUAAAACUUUGUUUUGAGCUCCUGCGGUGCAGUGACAAAAUUCUUCGAAAACAACUUCAUAUUUACAUCAUUAGUGACAUUAAAAAAUUAAACAUGAAGCAUAAAAAUGCCAAGCUUAAUUCAGUUUUUCAAAACUUUAUGUUUCAAAUGCUUUCUGAUGGCAAUGCAACAGCAGCAAAAAUGUCACUGGAUGUCAUGAUUGAACUAUAUCGUAGAAAUAUAUGGAAGGAGGCCAAGUGUGUUAAUGCAAUUGUUACUGCCUGUUUUUCAAAAGUAAAUAAGAUAUUAGUAGCUGCUUGUCAAUUUUUUCUGGGCACAGACAAAGAAGAAGAGGAUGAGAAAAGUGACAGCAGUGAUUCAGAGGAUGAUACACCAACAGUGAAAGAAGUAAUGGCGGCUAAUAAAGUAAAUAAAAAGUCUCGCAAAAGAAUGAAAAUUCUGAAAAGAACAAAGCAAGUUUUGAAGAAAUCUAAAAAGAGGAAAAAUAAAGAACUGUUUGAUUUCUCUGCUGUUCAUCUUUUAAAUGACCCACAAGGAAUUGCUGAAAAGUUAUUGAAAAAAUUAGAAACAAUGAAUGAGCGAUAUGAAAUUAAAAUGCUUGUUAUGGAUCUUAUUUCUAGAUUAGUUGGAGUUCAUCAACUCAUUCUGUUGAACUUCUACCCGCUUUUGUUGCGUUAUCUAAAACCACACCAAAGGGAUGUUACAAAAAUACUUUUAUUUGCUGCUCAGGCUGCUCAUGAAUAUGUUCCUCCUGAUGUAAUGGAGCCAGUUAUGAGAUCGAUUGCUAAUAAUUUUAUUACUGAAAGAAACUCCCCUGAAGUCAUGACAGUCGGCUUGAAUGCAAUGAGAGAAAUCUGUGCCAGAUGUCCACUGGCUAUAGAACAAGAUUUAUUGCAAGAUUUAGUACAAUACAAAAAAUUCAAAAACAAAAAUGUUCAAAUGGCUGCUAACUCGUUAAUACAACUUUUCCGCAGAAUAAAUCCUCAGAUGCUUCAAAGAAAGUUCCGAAAUAAACCCACAGAAGCUACCAAAGAGCUAAAUCCCAUGGAGUAUGGGGCAUUGAAUGCCAAGUCAUAUAUUCCUGGUUGUGAAGUUUUAACUGUUGAACCUUCAAAGGAGGAAGUUCAAGAUUCUAUUAAAGAAGAAGAAGCAAAUGACAGUGAUGGUAGCUGGGUAAAUGUUUCCCAUUCAGAUGAUGAUAUUGCAUCUGUUAGUGAUGAAUCAAGUGAUGAAGCAGAUGAAGAUGAUGAACCUAUCAACGUAAGUGAUACAAGUGACAAACAACAAAUCAAGCUUGAAAAAACUGAGCAUGAUAAAGAGUCGAAAGAAAAUGCAAUGGAAAAAGCUAUGGUUAUAUCACAGACGCGCAUCUUAUCUCAAGAAGAGUUUCGUAAAUUGAAAGCUGCACAGCUAGCAAAGGAAGUGAAAUUUGCCAAGGGGCAUAAGAGAAAAGCAGAAGAAACAAAGUUGGAGGAGGACACUCAGAGGGGAGAGCUUGUGUCAUUAAAAGACAUAGAAAAAUUGCACAAAAAGCCUAAAUUAGAUAAAGAAGAAAGACUGGCCUCAAUUAAGGAAGGAAGAGAGGGAAGAGAAAAAUUUGGAUCAAAAAAGAAAAAAAAUCCUAACACUGGUAAAACUCAAAAACAACAUAACAGAAAUAAGGCUUUCAAUAUGAUCAAACAUAAAGUGAGAUCGAAGCAGAAAAGAUCAUUCAAAGAUAAACAGAUUGCUUUGAGAAAUGCAUUAUUAAAACGCAGAAGAAAGAAGUAAAUACACAUGGAAAUUUAUUAAAUGUAUUUUGUUGUCUGUAUAUAAAAGAAUAUUUGAAAAGUGUU